ACCACAAAUCUUUUUACAUCCCUACUCCAUACAUUCAUCUCUUCAAUAUAUAUAUGAAUGAUUACCAAUUCAUGUGUUCUUCAAACCAAACCAACAAUGGCUUCCCCAUCAAAAACCAACUUACUCGUCUUCUUAAUUUGGGUAACACUAAUCAUCCAAGGGAUUGCAGGAUCCAGAACAGUAACUCUACUUCCUCAUCAGAACUCUGAGUUACACUUGCAGGUGAAAAAGAAUGUAGUCCUGAGGAGAAGAACAAUGAUCGGGUCAGUGAAGCCAACUUGUACGUACAACGAAUGCAGAGGGUGCAGGUCGAGGUGCAGAGCUGAGCAAGUUCCAGUUGAAGGAAACGACCCGAUAAACAGUGCUUACCAUUAUAGAUGUGUUUGUCAUAGGUAAUUAAAUUUUCUUUUUUCUUCUUAGAAAAGAAAAAAAAAAUGAGAUUUGGACUCUAUAUAGUUUGAGGCAAUUCAAUUUCUAGUUAAGAAAAAAGUAUGUUAUAAUAUGCUAUUCUUGAUGGAGAACUCGUGUUGUGAAUUUUGUUGGGAUUUGAGUGAUGUUAAUUAUAUCAUUCUGAGAGCCGUAUGAAUUUUUGGGGUUUUGUGUUA